AUGAUAAGAUCAUCAGCCUUCAAAGCGCUACGCACGAAAGCCACCGUGGCAAGUAUAGAGAGAAUUAGCGACUUUCCUGCCAACAGUAGGAUCUUUUCUCUCAUCCAGCCAACUGGUAACAUUCAUUUGGGAAAUUACCUUGGGGCGCUCAAAAACUGGAAGAAGAUAGCUAAUGAGGCACCAGCUUCGGCCGAUUGUUUCUUUGGCACGGCUGAUCUUCACUCGUUGACUAUAAUGCCAAAUCCCAAAACACUAAAAGAAAACAGAGAUGGCGCUAUUGCCAGUCUAUUGGCGCUGGGGCUUGAUCCACAUCGAUGUGUGAUUUUUCACCAGUCUAACGUGCCUGAACAUGCCGAGCUUAAUUGGAUUCUUGUAUGUUUGACGAGUAUGGGUGCUCUUAAUAGAAUGACACAGUGGAAAUCAAAGGCAAACGUCAACGAGUCGCAGUCAAUAUAUAGUGAAUCGGUGAUGGGACAAACGAAAGCGGGGCUUUUGUUAUACCCUGUACUCCAGGCAGCCGAUGUGCUUCUCUAUAACUCGACUCAUGUGCCUGUGGGAGACGACCAAAGUCAACAUUUGGAGUUAUGUAGAGGUAUUGCCUCUACGUUCAAUCAUAAGUACGGAAACUUCUUCACAAUGCCCCAGACGCUUCUCACGCCUACGAAGAAAAUAGGCAGCUUAAGGUCGCCUGAGAAGAAGAUGUCCAAAAGCGAUGCUGAUCAGAACCUGGCAGUGUAUAUCAACGAUAGCGCUGAUGUGAUAGCGAAAAAGUUCAGAAAGGCGGUCACAGACUCAAUCCAGGGCCGUGUAACGUUUGAUCCAAUCAACAGACCAGGCGUAUCGAACUUGAUCAACAUUGUUUCGGGAAUCACUGACAAGAGCAUUGAUGAGACCGUGGAAAGUUUGCUGUGGAUCAAGAACCACAAGGAACUCAAGGACUACGUGACCGAGGUGGUGGUGGAGGAAUUCAAGGGGAAGAACGCAGAGUAUGAGAAAUUGAUGGGAGACAGACAAUACUUGGCACACGUUGCGGAAACCGGCACCACCAAGGCUCGUGAAGUAGCAUCCAAAAACAUUCAAGAGAUCAAGAAGCUUGUGGGACUAGCAUAG